GGAGGAAAAAGAGGGUGGCUAGCCAUUCCGUGCCGUGCCGUGCCGUGCUGUUCCCUGGGCAGUUGAGCGCAGUGGGCUAUGGGAUGGAUGAAGCUGAGCAGGACCAGUCUGAAGCCCGCCUCAAAGAGCUCUUUGACAGCUUUGACGUCACCGGCAAUGGCUCCCUGGGGCACGAGGAGCUGACGGAGCUCUGCCACGUCCUGCAGCUGGAAACAGUGGCCCCGGGGGCACUGCAGCAGACGCUUCUGCAGGGCGAUCUCCUGAGCCGGGUCCACUUUGACCAGUUUAAAGAAGCCCUCAUCCUCAUCUUAUCCAGGACAUUAACGAAUGAAGAGUCCUUCCAAGAACCAGAUUCUUCCCCAGAAGCCCAACCCAAAUACAUCAAAGGCGGGAAGCGCUAUGGGAGGCGAUCUCUGCCAGAGUUUCAGAAAUCCGUGGAGGACUUUGCAGAGGUGACAGUGAUCGAGCCUCUGAAUGAGGAAGCCCAGACAUCUUGCAUCUCCAACAAUGACUGCGAGGAGCACUGGAGAUCUCAAGACAGCGAGGAGUAUGAGGCCGAAGGUCAGUUGAGAUUCUGGAAUCCCGACGACCUGAAUGCCUCCUCAAACAUCUCCCCCACUCAAGACUGGAUAGAGGAGAAGCUUCACGAGGCCUGCGUGAGCCUAGGCAUCUCCAGAGACGGGCAUCUUAGCAGGAAGAAGCUGGUCUCCAUUUGCAAGCAGUACGGCUUGCAGAACGUUGACAUGCAGGUGGUAGAGGACGUCUUCCGCAACCUCGAGCACGACGGCACAAUGAGCAUCGAGGACUUUUUCUACGGCUUCUUCAAAAUCGGGAAGCCUCCCCCACCUUCGGCUUCGACCCCCUACAGGCAACUGAAGCGCCAUCUCUCCAUGCAGUCCUUUGAUGAAUGCGGGAGGCGGACCACCACGCCUUCGGCAAUGACAAGCACCAUCGGGUUCCGUGUUUUCUCCAGCCUGGAUGACGGAAUGGGCUAUGCUGAGGUAGAGCAGAUCCUUGAUGCCUGGCACGAAGAAGGAAUCGAGAACAGCCAUGAGAUCCUGAAGGCCUUGGACUUCAACCUGGAUGGAAGAAUUAACCUGACGGAGUUGACUCUCGCCCUGGAAAAUGAGCUUCUCAUAACAAAGAACGGGAUAUACCAGGCUGUGCUGGCCAGCUUCAAAACAGAGAUCCGACAUUUAAUGGAGCAAGCGGACCAAGAAGCCCGAGAGAAGGAGAAGCUCCGUUUGGACAUGGAGAAGGCGGAGAAAUGGAAACUGUUCAUGACCUCCGAGGUGGAUGAGCGGCACUCUGCCAUCGAGCGCCAAAAUGAAUACAACCUGAGCAAGCUGGAAGAGGAGUACAAGGAGAGGGUGGCAGCGCUCAAGAGCGAGCUGCAGAGGGAGCGGGAGCAGAUCCAGCAGCAGGCCAGCAAGCAGCAGGCCGACCUGGAGCAAGAGAUGGCGAAGCUGAGGACCGAGGAGAGCGACUUGCGGGACUGCCUGGCUCUGACACUGAAGGAGAACAGCCGCUUGGAGAGCGAACUCCAGGAAACCGGAGACAAGCUAUUGAAAUGCGAGGGCACCAUCAGCAAACUGCAGAAGAACUGGGAGAAUGUCCUAGCGGAGAAGUAUGGAGAUCUCGAUCCUGGCAGCGCAGAGUUCUUUCUCCAGGAGGAGCGGCUGAUGCAGAUGAAGAAUACCUAUGAACGGCAGUGCAGGGAACUCCAAGACCAAAUCGACGAGCUUCAGUCUCAGCUGGAAGAGUACCAGGGUCAAGGCAGAGUUGCCCGGUCACCUCUGAAAGCGUCUCUCUACGAGGAGCUGGACGACGGCGGGGCAGAGGGCGCUCAAGCGCCUGAUUCUGAAGACUGCAACCCACUAAAUAUGAGCAUAGAAGCCGAAAUGGCUAUCGAGCAAUUGAAAGAUCAACACCAACAGGACCUCUGCAGCUUGCAGGAGGAGCUUCAGAACAGGCUGUGCCAUUAUCAGAAGCAGCUGGAGGAGAGCAAGACUCGCUGGGCCGAAGAGCAAGAGAUCCUCCAGCAGCAUCACGCCCAGGAAAGGCAAGCCUUGCAAGAGCAGGUGGACCGGCUGCAAGCCCAGGUGUCUGAGCUCGAGGGAGAGCUGGAGAGGCUCAGGCGAGAGUGGCAGGAGGCCGACUCCCAGCAGAAGGUGGAGACUGGCAGCCUGCAGGCGUCCUUGGAGGAGAAGGCCAGCCUGGUGGACCAGCUGAAGCUCCAGCACCAGGAGGAGCUGCAGGCCAGGCUGCAGGAGGCCUGCGAGGGUUUCGGCCGGGAGCGGGAAGAGCUGCUCCACGCCAGGGUCCGGCUGGAAGAGAAAUUGAGAGCCAUGGCGCAGGCCGUCCGGGAAGAGAAAGCAGAGAUGGAGGGCGGUUUCCAUGAGCAGCUGCGGAGGCUGGAGGAGAAGCACGUCCUGGAGAAGGAGGCGCUGCGGCAAGAGCUGGCGGGGAAGUAUCGGGAGGAGCUCAAGGAGGAAAGGGCAAAAAUGGAAAAUGACUUUAACGGAAGAGUUUCUCGGAUGGAGGAGCAGUUUGCCGUGGACCGACAGGCGCUUGUGAGCAAGUACGGGGAGGCCCUGAAAGGCCUCGAGGAGCGCUACCAGCAGGAGUUGCGUGAGGCCUCUGAGGAGAAAUCCCAGUGGGAGUUUGAGAAGGAUGAAAUGGCCCAGGAAGACGCCGAGGCCCAGGAGAGGUGGGGGGAGAUGCUGGCAAAGGAGAAAGAGGCUUCGUCGGCCCUCACAGAAGAGAAGGAGCUUCUGGAGAAGCGUUUCGAGGAGUGUGUGAGCUCUCUGGUCCUGGAGAAGGAGCAGCUGCAGAAGCAGCUGGAGGAUGUGACGAAAAGGGAGCGCGAGCUCCACCAGGGACUCCAGAGAAGGCAAGAGGUCCACAAGCAGGAGCUCCAGAAGAGAGGAGACAAAGGAGAAAUGUCCGGAGUUGAGGAAGAUCAGGAGAUGCUUCUCCGGAAGCUCGGGAGGCAGGAGGCUGAAUUCAAGCAGGAGAAAGGCAAGCUGACUUCGAGGCUCGCCACCGUGGAACGCCUGAAACAGGAGGCGCUCAGCAGAGCGGCUGAAGAGAAGGAGGAGUUGAGGGCCAAAAUCUUCACUCUUGAAGGCAACGUUGAAGAGCUCCAGCAAGAGCUGUCCAAACUGCAAAGAAAUUUCAACAGAGAUGCAGACAUGCAGAGGGGCGAUUUCCCAGCGAAGCCCCGGGAGCCAAAAGAACUGAUGGACUUUCUUUCGGACCAGAAAAAGGACCAAGAACCCUCAGCAGAAGGUGGCGCAGCAACUGUCACCGCAGAGAGGAAGCUGCUGAGAAGCCCAGCUCGCUCUCCUAGUUUUAUCGCCCUGGUUCCAGAAUCGUUGGGGGACUCGCGGUUGCUGAACGUAAGGGACCAAGGUGGCGCUCAAGUAAAAACGGACAGCGGCAUCGGAGAGUCGGGCAGCCUGGCGAUGGAAAUUGAAGAGACGAUACUGGAAGGACCCAUGGAGACGACUCUUGUCUUGGAGAAGGCCUAUGAGGAGAUCUGGGUGGAGAACGAUACCCUCAAGCGGCAGCAGCGGCAGCUUCGAGAGCGAAUCAGCCUCCUGGAGGCCGAAUGCGACCAGGCCACCCUGGACCGUCAAGACAUGGCUUCCCAGGUUGAGAAGGAGCUGGAGGAGAUCCUCAAGACCAUCCCCCAGCCUGACGCCUUGCCCUGCGGAAGCGAGGAGCGCAAGGAAAGCCUCUGUCGGGGACAAGCCGGUGUUGCUGCAAAACCGCAUCCGGAUUGCAUCAGAGGGGGCAAAAGGCCCUCGGACGGAGGCCCGGAAGCUGAAGUCCAUGCCACGGAGAUGGCAGACCACAGAGGGGCAACUGGGUCUGAGAAGGGAGAGCUGGGGAACCGGGCACUGGAGCUCUCGGGUGCAGCCGCCAAGAGAGACGCGAGCUCCAGGGCGCAGAGCAAACGUUUGCCGGCGCCAGAAGAACUUGAGCUGCAGAACCAGGUGGGCAAGUUGCUGGAGCAGAAUGCCGGGCUGGAAGACCACCUGCCCCAGCUUCUGCGUCUGCAGAGCAGGCUGGAAGAGAGCGGCCGAGAGAGUCUCGCGGUGACGCAGGAGAAGGCGCGGCUGCAGCAGAGGCUGGCGGAGCUGGAAGAGGCCCACGGCCAGAUGUCCGCGGAGAACGCCGAGCUGCUCAGCGCCAACCUGGUCCUGCAGAGCCGGCUGGGCAAGAUGGAAGCCUUUGUGGCGACCCUGAAGACCCCGAAAUCGGGGCGGCGCCACGGCUGGGGCGAGAACGGAGCCCGGGACGCGGAGACGGACGCGAGGGGGCUCCUUGAGCUGAACAGGAAGCUCAAGGAAAAGGUGGCGGCGCUGCUGAAGCAGAAGGGGAGCCACGCUCAGGAGAGGGAGGACUUGAACGCAGCGCUCUGGGGCUUGCAGAGCACCUGCAGCGAGCAGCGGCGGGAGCUGGAGCUCAUGAGGUGUGAGAUGGAUCGUCUCAGAGAGGAAAACGCUGUUUUGCGGAACGAAAUUGCCUUUCUGAACGAGGAAGGCAGCAUUUGCGACCUGCGCUUGAGGGAGCUUAACGGGUCUCGAGAAGAACUCUGGCAGCAAAUGGAGUCUGUGCAGAAAGAGAAAGCUGCGGCGCAAAAAAUGGCCGAGAACCUGAAAAAGCAGGCCUCUGAACUGAAAGCCCGCAAUCAGCAGCUGGAGUUUGAGAAUGCAGAGCUUGACCGACAGACGUCUCCCCACCAGGUGGAUGCGCAAGAUCUUAACCAACGGCUGCGGAAAGUCCUUUGUCAGAAGGAGGCGGGGAAGGGAGUGCCGGAGGAGAGGGAAGGCUCCUGGCUCCGGGAGGAACUGGAAAACUGCAAAAUCCAGUCCUCGACGCUGGAGAUGGAGCUGUCUCGGCUCAGGGCUCAGGCCCUUGCUCUGGAGCAGGAGAACUACUUCCUCAAGGAAGAGCUGGAAAAGGAAAAGCAGAUUCCCAGGUGCCCGGACCUCUCUGACCUCCAGAAUGAGAUUUCCGGCGUAAUUGUGGAAAACGAGAAGCUUUUGAAAGAGAAGGAAGCCCUCCGCGAAGAGCUGAACAGAUGUGCGCAGAAGGUAGCCAAAGUGGCCUUCCUGGAGGAUCUCGUCGCUUCCCUGAAGCAGGAGAAGUCGUCUCUGGAGCACCAGAAUCAGAGUCUGAAAACUCAGAAGGCAGCGUCGCAAGACAAGAAUCGGGCCCUCGAAGCAGCCGUGCAUUCGGUGGGGCUGCAGAACCAGCAGAAGCAGCUGUGCUGGGACGAACUGGGUCUCCUGGCCAAGCAGGACCAGCAGCUCUUGAGGCAGGACAACGAGCGGCUCCAGCAAGAGCUCCAGAACGCCAACUCAGAUCUCGCUCAUUCCAGAGAGAAGAUCCGUCAGCUGGAAUCCACCAUCCUGACCCAGAAGCACUUAAAACACCAAAGCCAUUCGGGUAUCGUGAACGCCAUUGAGCAGGAGAAACUCAGCCUGAAGAGGGAGUGCGAGAGACUGCAGAAGGAGCUGGCCUCAGCCAACCGGAAGAUCAGCCAGAUGAACUCCCUCGAGCACGAGCUGGAAGCCGUCAAUCUAGAAAACGAAGGCCUACGGAAGAAGCAGGUCAAACGGGACGAACAGGUGAUGGAGCAGCAGCUGCUUCACUCCAGCUCGAUGCUUAGCCUGUCUCAGCAUCCUCGCGACCUCCAGCAGCAAGGCUGCCCUGUGGUCCCCUGGGAAGAGUACCAGCAGCUCCAGCGCCAGUUCCUGCAGGAGGAGAGGAGGUGCCAGCGCCUGCAGGAGGAGCUCGAAAACCGGCCCUUGGAGACGAACAUGCCCCAGGGUGGACAGGAACAUCUGCUCAAGACCAUGGAAAAGCGCAUGAUGGAUGUUGAACAGCAACUGAGGCUGGUGAAGAGGCUUCUCCAAGACAAAGUCAAUCAGCUGAAAGAACAGCUUGCCAAGAACACGAAAGCCGACGAGAUGGUGAAGGACCUCUUUGUGGAGAACGCACAGCUGCUGAAGGCCCUGGAGAUGACUGAGCAGAGGCAGAAGACUGUGGAGAAGAAGAACUACUUGCUGGAAGAAAAAAUCGCCAACCUCGGCAGGAUUGUCAAGAACCUGACCUCGCCCACCUUGGGGUCCGCAGCUCAGCUGGGGUCUUAGCAAAGCCAUAUCCGCGUGUCUCUGCACAGCUCGCGACGCACUUUACUUAAAACUGCCUUUUCAAUGCUGCCUUUUUAACGUUAGUGACAAUGUCUGCCCUUUGGGUUGUUUGUUCUCCGCCCCAAAGAAACCCCUACUCUCUUCUCGGGUGCACAUUAUCCCCACAUGCGUUUUGCCGCAAUGUUGCUCUGCCAGCCCCAGAAGGUGGCCAGGCCAAGGCUUAUCUUCUCAUCAGGGUGUUCAGGAAAAGCCAGAGCUCUUAGAGCUUCUCGCUUCCUGAUCUGAUGGGACGGCGGAGGUGAGAAAACAGAUGGGACACGACCAGGGCAGAGAGGACCAGCUGAGGACAAGGGAGAUUUGAACCUCAGGCUCUUGGGGAUUAAAAGGGGAGGUCUGUAGAUGGAUCUCUUCAGGGAAUCCCAGGGCCAGGAUCCAAAUGUGGACCUCAGGGCACCCCAUAGCCCACAAGCAUCACUGCUCAAAGGGCCACGUUGCUCAGACAGGUGAGCCAAGCCAGGAGAACGUUCAAUCGAGGGUGGGGAGCCACAGACCCAAGAACCAAUUGCACCCCAUCCUUGCCUCUCUAGAUGCCCCUCCGGGUGGCCCCUAGGCCACAUCCCCUCCCCACAAGCCACAGCCCCUCCCCAGCCCUGCUCCACACACCUCCUGAGGAUCCUUGCCUGGCUGGAAUGUGCCCAUGUGGGCAGGAUAAUUCCUUCUGCAUGUCUGCAAGGAAAUAGGCAAGGCUGUGCAUCCCUCUAGGGAAGAGAUGUAUCUCAGCAGUAGAGCAUCUGCCGUGCAAGC